AUGGCGCCGAAGCUGUUCCCCCGUUCGUUGCGUUCUCUUGCGUCUCGGCGGUUUCCCGCGUCACAACAUGCGGCUCACGGACAGUCGAUCCUGCGGUCCUCUUUGCCGCCGGUUCGCGCAUUCUCUGCUUCCUCACCCAGCAGGAUAAUGGACGUAAGCUGCUUCAGGCCAGACGAAUUGUUCGUGCGGGAUGCCAUCUCCAAGAUUUGCGCCAAAUUCCCUGACGAAUACUGGGCGGAGCGGGAUGAGACGGGAGAGUACCCGCAUGAGCUUCAUGCUGCUCUAGCAAAAGACGGGUGGAUAGGAAUUGCCUUGCCUGAAGAGCUUGGUGGAGCGGGUUUGGGCAUCGCCGAAGCUACCAUGAUGCUGCAGACAAUUGCUCAGACGGAACCGAACACUGGGUUGGAAACGCUCAAGCUCCGCACAACAGCAGUCAGAGACGGGGAUUACUAUAAAAUCACCGGCCAAAAGAUAUGGAUAUCAUCAGCGCAGGUCGCGAAGAAAAUGGUCCUUUUGGCACGGACGACACCACUAGAAGAGGUUACCAAUCCGACCAGGGGCCUUUCGCUCUUCUUCAUUGACUUCGACAAAGACGCACCCGGUUUGGAGCUCAGAAAAAUCAAGAAGAUGGGUGGCCGAAGCGUUGACGCCAAUGAAGUAUUUUUCAACGACUAUCGCAUCCCCGCCGAUACGUUAAUUGGUAAAGAAGGCCAGGGCUUUAAAAUAGUUUUGCACGGAAUGAAUGCGGAACGAUGCUUGCUUGCUGGAGAGGCUCUCGGGCUGGGAUACGUGGCCUUGGAGAAGGCCGUGAAGUAUGCCAAAGAGCGCGUCGUUUUUGGGCGUCCUAUCGGCCAGAACCAAGGCAUUGCCCACCCAUUGGCCACGGCGUUCAUGAACCUUGAAGCGGCCAAGCUGGCCACCUAUCAUGCCGCGAGGCUCUAUGACGAGAACAGAGGAGAGCAGACCGCUACGCCGACCACCGUCGGAGUCGCGUGCAACUCCGCCAAGUUCCUUGCAGCGGAGGCGGCGUUCGCUGCCUGUGAGAGAGCCGUUCUCACACUCGGCGGCAUGGGAUACGCCCAAGAAUUCCAUGUGGAACGGUAUCUGCGAGAAUGUUUUGUGCCGCGCAUUGCCCCCAUUAGUCAGGAAAUGAUCAAGAAUUUCGUCAGCGAGAAGAUGCUUGACCUGCCUCGAAGCUACUAG